UUUAGAUCCCUGUCUCCCUCAUCUGUGGCCGCCAUUCAAGUCCUCGUUUCUGCUUUCAACCUCUCCCUCCCUCCCUAAAAUUCCCAAAACGCAUCCGGCCAAAUCGUUCUCUCUGCUAUUCGAUCGAAGCCUCACCCUAAAAACCCUAGAUUUCUCUCUUCCAUCCACGAAUUCAAUCAGUUCUAGAGAGAAUAGGGUUUUUAUGGAGAGGAUCGUCGCAGAGAAGUACAAGUUAGGUCGCAAAAUUGGGAGCGGCUCAUUCGGCGAAUUGUACCUCGCAACUCAUAUUGAGACUGGAGAGAAUUUGGCCGCGAAAAUUGAAAAUAACAAGACAAAACAUCCGCAACUGUUGUAUGAAGCCAAGCUUUAUAAAACUCUACAGGGAGGAAGUGGUAUUGCAGGCAUAAAAUGGGCUGGAUUUGAUAGGGACGAUAAUGUUCUCAUCAUUGACUUACUGGGACCGAGUCUCGAGGACCUCUUCGUGUACUGUGGGAGGAAGUUUUCACUGAAAACAGUCUUAAUGUUGGCUGACCAGAUGAUUACAAGAAUAGAGUAUGUGCAUUCUAAAGGGUUUUUGCAUAGAGACAUCAAACCCGACAACUUCCUCAUGGGUCUCGGCAGGAAAGCAAAUCAGGUUUACAUUAUUGAUUUUGGACUUGCAAAAAGAUUUCGGGACCAAAAUACAAACCGGCACAUUCCGUACAGAGAAAACAAAAGCUUAACAGGAACUGCACGUUAUGCUAGUUGCAAUACCCAUUUGGGAAUUGAUCAGAGUCGUCGGGAUGAUUUGGAGUCACUUGGCUAUGUUCUUCUGUACUUCUUAAGAGGAAGCCUUCCUUGGCAGGGUCUUAAAGCUGCAACGAAGAAGCAAAAAUAUGAUAAGAUUUGUGAGAAGAAGCUAUCAACUCCCAUUGAGGUCCUAUGUAAGUCUCAUCCUGUGGAGUUUGCAUCCUACUUCCAUUAUUGCCACUCUUUAACAUUUGAUCAACGCCCGGAUUAUGCAUUCUUGAAGCGCCUGUUUCGUGACUUAUUCAGCCGUGAAGGGUAUGAUUUUGAUUAUGUAUUUGACUGGACAAUUCUAAAAUACCAUCAGGCACAACAGACAAGGGCCCAGGGUCAAUCAUCUGGUGUUCAGCCAGCUGUAGUGACUAACGGUCGAGCAGCGGCUAGCAGUCGACCAUUGCCUAUGGAUGCGAUGAGACUUAAGGGAGUUAAUGAUGCUUCUGGAUCAGCUGAGGUCGCAGACCAUAGACGGUCGAGUAAUCUUGCUCAUCCGGAUGUUCGUAUGCAAUUUAGAUCGUCAACAGCCCAGAAUUUGGGUGCUAAUAAUCUGGUUGAAAAACAUAAUGUGAGCAAUGUGCCGAUGCCAUCUUCGACAUAUGCUCUUAGAAAAAAUUAUCAAAAACCAGAGGGGCCGGCUGAAAAUGCAAACUUAGGUCGUGGAGUUGGGAACCAAAAUGGUGCUUCGAGCAGUUGGAUGCCAUCACUAAACCAGGUUUCUUCCUCAAAGUAGUAGCUACAGAUGAUCUGAAGGAGAUUACUCAAAGCAUGCAUCUUGCUGUAGCAAAUGUCAUGAAGUUUGGAUUGCUCUCGUUCUUCCAUGUCUGAUAUCAUAACGUGUGAGAAAAAUGUGACUGGAAGAGCAUGAACACACUGGAUGCACUUGGAGCUCACCUCCGAAGCUUGGACUUUUCGCAUGCAUAGGUGGCAAAAAUGACUAAGCCCAUAUCAUGUUGUGUGAAUGAUGUGUGAAGUGUAGCUUCCAUUAUUCUGAUAAUAGAUGAUAAUUUUUUUUCUUCGGUGCUAUUUGGUUGUUUUGACCAUGUAUUUCAUUCAAUUCAGGAUUGAGUUGCUUUCUGUUCUUAUUGCUGUAUCUUUUUCGGAUCAAAGCCCUGGAUGUUCACCCAGGCUCUUCAGAAUCUGGAAAAAGAGUAAAACUAGUAUUUCAGAUCUUGAUAUGAGAUGUUAUAGAGGAUGAAUGGGACAACUUCAUUGGCUGUCUCGAUGUCGAUUUGAAGAGGGUAUUAGAGAUCCUUCUAUCUAUUAGUUGUUAAAUUCUUUCGAGUUUUGUAUUUAAAAGCUUUAAUAAUCCAUGAUUUGAAGCAGGGUUGGAGUCACUUGAUUAUGAUUUUUGUACUUCUAAUUACCGAACCCUAUCCCUCAGAUUCCUGCCAAUCUCUUUCCUGCGUCUCUCACCUCCUCCUUUGCUUGUUGUUCUACACUUGUAUUUUAUUAAUAGCUAAUUUUUUA